UGCCUAAUCUGACCGGGUAGUACAGGGGGAGGAUGGGGGAGGGCACCGGGCAUUCGCCACCACCUCUCCCUCUUUUCUGGCAGCACCCAACACAGCCGCAGAGCCAAAGCAGGCAGGAUAUGGGCAAAAAAACAAGUUAUUCCCCAGUGAGGCUGGACUGAGAGCAGCUGAACCGGUGCUCAUGCUGAGGCUCUCGGCUGCAGGGAGCCCAGCACUAGAACUAGAUCUACGGCUAAUCCAGCAUAGGGAGCGUGUGGGAACAACCUGCUGGACUUCUACUACUGGGUUUUACUUUUUAUUUUCUAAAACAGGCCAGUUAAGAAAGAGGAAGUUGUGUUCUGGCUUCCUCCUUGAGGAUGUGAGGAUGCCAUCUUUGCAGGCACUCUGAGGAAAGCAGUUGCUGGAAGUUCAUGGCCAAAUGUAGGAUCUCGGUGUCCGAGGAAAAGCAGUUCAGACGCACAAUGUCGGCCAGUCAGGGGAUGAACCGCAGCGGCGUCUACAACUACUUCCUCAACAUGGUGGCCUAUCAGAUAUGUUGUUGCUGUGGACCGGCUCCCUGCUCGCUGUGCUGUGCCUUCUGUCCUCCGGUCAAAUCCUCCACCAGUACGCGGGUCAUGUACACCCUCUUCCACAUCAUGAGCUGUGCUGUCUCCUGCCUCAUGCUGUCCCGCACCGUCUCCGAGCUCGUCAGGGAAAAUGUGCCUUUCUUUAACAUGGUGUGUGACCAGGCACACGGUGGAGGCCACUGCGAGAUGCUCGUGGGCUACUCUGCAGUCUACAGAGUCUGCUUCGGCACGUCCUGUUUCUACCUGAUGAUGGCGAUCUUCCUCAUAGACGUGAAGUCCAGUCAGGACUUCAGAGCGCUCAUACACAACGGCUUCUGGUUCCUGAAGUUGAUCACGCUGCUCGGGAUGUGCACCGCUGCCUUCUUCAUCCCAACAGAGUCCUUCCUCCAUGCUUGGCAUUAUGUUGGUGUGGUGGGAGGAUUUGCCUUCAUCCUCAUCCAACUCAUCCUCAUCACGGCUUUUGCACACACCUGGAACAAGAACUGGUUGACCGGAGCAGCAGAGAACAAGCGUUGGUAUCUGGCAGUAUUGUGUGCCACCCUCUUCUUCUACACCAUCGCCACCAUGGCCUUCACCUUCAUGUACAAGUACUACACACACCCCAUCGCCUGCCAAUUCAACAAGGCCCUGCUGUGGAUUAACCUGGCACUGUGCGGCCUCAUGUCCUUCAUUGCCGUGACGCCGUGCGUGAAGCAGAAGCAGCCUCGGUCGGGACUCUUGCAAGCCUCCAUCAUCAGCUGUUACGUCAUGUACCUCACCUUCUCUGCACUGUCCAGCCGCCCGCCAGAGAAAGUGGUGUAUCAGGGCAUGAACAUGACCGUCUGUUAUCCCAGCGUGAAACAAGAUGGCAUCCAGAACGAAGGCAACGCUGUCGCCAUAAUCGGAGCUGCCAUCAUGUACUGCUGUGUCCUCUUUGCGUGUAAUGAAGCUUCCUACCUGGCAGAGGUGUUCGGCCCGUUUUGGAUGAUCAAAGUUUACCGCUACGAGUUCCAGAAAGCCACCUGUUGCUUCUGCUGCCCCGAGGAAGAGGAAGUUGAGGAGGAGUUUGAGAUCGACGACGAGAACAAAGGCUGUCAGAAGGUCAUUCACAACGAGACCCAGAGAGUGGCUUACAGCUACUUCUUUUUCCAUUUUGUCUUCUUCCUGGCCUCGCUGUACGUCAUGAUGACCCUCACUAACUGGUUUAGCUAUGAAUCAGCAGUGUUGGAGACCACCUUCACCCACGGCAGCUGGUCUACCUUCUGGGUGAAGAUGUCGUCCUGCUGGGCCUGUGUGAUCCUCUACCUCUGGCUGCUGCUGGGCCCUCUGUGCAGCUGUCAGUCUGAAUCCAGACCUCGCCGCUCGCGUAUCAAACGCCGCGCAGCGUCCUGCCGUCACGUCUCUGUCACCGUCUGACACUCUCUCUGUGAGGGGCCUUCGGGUAGGAGAGAGGCAGACAUGGCACGAUGGGGCAGGGACAGGAGGUCAGGAGACUCCGAGCCUCCCCGCGAUGCCCCCCCCACAGGAGGGGGUUUUUCAGGAAUGGAGGUCACGUGGGUUAGGUGUCAAAGACUCGCAGUGAUGUGAGGAGGAAGAAUCAGAGGGCUAAAUGCUCAGCGUCCUGUUGAUAUGUGAAGAACUGGAUAAAAACCUGAUGUCACAGGCUGGACACCAUGAAAUUAAACCAUUAACUGUGGUUUGGAAACACACUUAGAGUAUGAAUUGCCAAAGGGAAAGGGUGAACUCUCACUCCCUAUAAUGUGGGAAUUACAAGUAGGUGUAAAGAUGGAUCCAUUUAUUUUAAUUUAGUAUUAUUUUAAGUUUGUCUGUAUUUAGACUUUUAAUAUAACAGAGGAGGAAUUAUAGAUUUUUACUGAAAUAAUGUCAGAAGCACACAUCUCUAUCAUGUCUUCUUUUUUUAUUAUUGUGAUUAACAAAUAAUAAUCUCUUCAUGAACAAAUCUUUCACAAAGUUAUGAAAAGAAAAUGAAAAUAUUGAGCUUCAAAACAAACCGGUGGGUGACGUCACGGAUACGUUAUCCAUUCUUUAAACAGCGGCCAGUGGUCCGACCAUUCUCAAUGUCGUCUCUGCGGUUUCAUUUGAGUAAUCAGCAGGCGUAGUGUUCGGUCAGAAAUAAAACUUUGUUUUAAACCCUUUAUCAUUAGUCUUUUUUUUAUCCUUACAAUUUAAAACUUACAUGGUAAUUUAAAAUUCCAAUUUGUACUUUCAUUUUCCAUCGAGUUACCUAUAAAACACUACAUGCAAAUGUUUGGCUACUCAUCUCGUGAACAAAUUGAGUUAGUUACAGUACAAGCCUUAAAGAAAAUGAAAGAGGAAUGAUUUCAGUACAUAACACCACGUGAAGCCACAGCUUGUUGCUUUUACAUCUGCUUGUGUACAGAUUAAACAAACGAGAUGUAGCGUGUUAAUUAGUUAGCUUUAGAGGUGUGGCUAUGCAUAAUUUUAGACAAAAGUGGUGUCGAUCUUCUCAGCUAAUGCUCGUAAAAAAAGAUCAAGUUGGUAUUUAUAUAUAUCCCAAAAUGUAAA